AUGAUGCUGGUCAAACUGCUCGCUGCCGUACUCGGCUCAUGCUGCCUCGCAAUUCCAGUCACUUUCAAGGCUGAUUUUCGAGGGCGGCAGGCGGCCCCUGGUGGUCCGCAUCUUGUCGGAAGCUUUCAAAGCUGGGACAUCCCCAGCGCCGUUGCUUUGGCAGACGAGGACGCAGAUGGAAUUUAUGUAGCAACACUGGAUUUGCCUGCAGGGUCCUACGAGUUCAAAUUUAUCAAUGGCAGCGCUUGGGAACAUGCGGAGAUUGUGCCGAUGGCAUGUAGCACUGCCGACCCGUUCGCAUACUACUACGGCUACGGCGAUGAGAAUGCUCAUCGUCGCCUGCACAUUGCGGAGAAUGCGUCCUCCGCGGACAUGCACGCGUGCUUCAACGAAUGUGAACCCUGUGAUGCUCUUGCUCUCUGCAACACGGCUGCACAUGACGAGCCUGACAUAAAACCAUAA